AUGGGCGCCAUUUAUUCGAUGAUUGCCAAGCUCUGGAACGUCAACCGAGAGGUUCGGGUUUUGAUCCUGGGCCUCGACGGAGCCGGUAAAACCACGAUUCUGUACCGCCUACAGCUUGGCGAGGUGGUCACCACGAUUCCGACGAUCGGCUUCAAUGUUGAAACGGUCCAAUUCAACAACAUCAAAUUCCAAGUCUGGGACUUGGGCGGACAAACCUCGAUUCGACCUUACUGGAGAUGCUACUACGCCAACACCGAUGCCAUCAUCUACGUGCUCGACUCUGCCGAUAGGGAGCCUGACCGAAUCGCCUGUGCCAAGACUGAACUUGUCAAUAUGUUGGCUGAGGACGAGCUCAAGAGCUCGGCGCUGAUAGUCCUUGCCAAUAAGCAGGACCUCGAAGGUGCACGAAGUGUCGCUGAAAUCUCCGAGCACCUCGCCCUGACUGAUUUGAAAAAUAGGACCUGGACGAUCCUCAAAUGCUCUGCAAAAACCGGCGAGGGCUUAACAGAAGCAAUGGAAUGGCUAGCCAACUACGUUGGCAGCCAGAAAUAA